AAGCACUCGCCGAGGCUCCGCCCCGUCCUCCAAUACCGCCGCCGGCGGAGGAAGUGCUUCCUUUCUGCGCUCGCGCUCGUGGUGGUGGUGGCAGCAGGCUUGCCGUCGACAUGCAGAACGACGCCGGAGAGUUCGUGGACCUGUACGUGCCGCGGAAAUGCUCCGCCAGCAACCGCAUCAUCGGCGCCAAGGACCACGCGUCCAUCCAGAUGAACGUGGCCGAGGUUGACAAGGUGACGGGUAGGUUUAACGGCCAGUUUAAAACCUAUGCGAUCUGCGGGGCUAUCCGGAGGAUGGGUGAGUCUGAUGACUCCAUUCUACGACUGGCCAAGGCCGAUGGCAUCGUUUCAAAGAACUUCUGACCAGAGAGGAUUACAGAUGUGAGAUGUUUGUCAUAAAUAAAUAACAAAAAUAGCAAAA